UUGUAUGCCACAACCCGAGCUAGUAUCAGGUACCUUAACUCUGAGCAGUUAUUGGAACAAAUAGGACAAAGAAUCAACGUCACGGAAUUUGAUAAUCGUAUGAUCACCGCUCCAGGCGAUACAUACAGAGAGAGAGCCGAGUUAAUUGCGAAAAAUCUUACUUUCACACCAGGAGUAGUGUCAAGCAGCCUAUCGGUUCCAACACCGAACGAAGUUCUGAAAGCUUUUCUUCAUGCUAGUCCACCAAACGCAAAAGCAGCAUCAGUAAAUGCAUUUUUACUUGACGAAGCAAGAGAAUUAGCACAAGACCUACUCUCCCUCAAGACAGAAAGAUUCAACGCAGACCUAGCCCAAGCCGAUGACGCAUUAUUCAAGAAAUUGAAUUCAAUACCUGAUAUAACUCCUUUUGAAUCACUCACUAGGAAUGAUGGAUCUAACUAUGGAAUGGUUUAUAAGCCAGAACCUUCAUUUAU